UUCUUAACAAGAUCAGAAUAUGAUAGAGGUGUUAAUACAUAUUCACCAGAAGGACGUUUACUUCAAGUAGAAUAUGCCAUAGAAGCUAUUAAGCUUGGAAGUACUGCAAUUGGAAUAUGUACAUCAGAAGGUGUUGUUAUGGUAGUCGAAAAGCGCAUUACUUCUCCAUUAAUGGAACCAAAUAAGGUUGAAAAAAUAUUUGAGGUCGAUCGUCAUAUUGGUUGUGCUACAUCAGGAUUGAUGGCUGAUUCUAGAACACUUUUGGAACGUGCUAGAGUUGAAGCACAAAAUCACUGGUUUGUUUACAACGAGCGAAUGUAUGUUGAAUCUUGUGCAAGAGCAGUUUCAAAUUUGGCUAUUCAAUUUGGAGAUUCUGAUGAAAGUGGCUCUGCAAUGAGCCGACCCUUUGGUGUCGCAAUUUUAUUUGCAGGAAUUGACAAUGAUACUCCUCAGUUAUAUCACAUGGACCCUUCAGGAACCUUAUUGAAGUAUUGUGCAAAAGCUAUUGGAUCUGGAAGUGAAGGAGCUCAACAGCAUUUGCAGGAAAUUUAUUCAAGUUCCUUAACUCUAAAAGAGGCCGUUUCAAAAGCACUGGAAACACUUAAACAAGUUAUGGAAGAAAAGUUAAGUUCUACCAACGUCGAAGUCGUUACAAUGACGCUCAAAGACUUAUUUUAUAUGUAUUCAAAGGAGGAAGUCGAAGCUGUUAUCGCAGAUUUAUAA